AUGGCGCAACUCGACACUCUCGAUAUAAUCGUUCUGGUGGCAUUGCUGCUCGGCACAGUCGCUUACUUUACGAAGGGGACAUACUGGGCAGUACAGAAGGAUCCCUACGCCACAUCACUCGCCAAUGGCAGCGCUUCAAAGGCGGGCAAGAGUAGGAACAUCCUCGAGAAGAUGCAGGAGACGGGGAAGAACUGUGUGGUCUUCUAUGGCUCGCAGACAGGCACAGCUGAGGACUACGCAUCGCGGAUAGCGAAGGAAGGGUCUUCAAGAUUCGGGCUCAAGACAAUGACAGCGGACUUGGAGGAAUAUGACUACGAGAACCUCGACCAGUUUCCGGAUGACUGCUUGGCUGUAUUCGUCCUGGCUACCUACGGCGAGGGCGAGCCCACGGACAACGCUGUGGAAUUUUACGAGUUCAUCGGCGGCGAAGAUGUGUCGUUCAGCGAGAAGGGCGGCGCGGAUGGCGAGCCUCUGGGCAGCAUGAAGUACGUCGCCUUCGGUCUCGGCAACAACACAUACGAGCACUACAACUCCAUGGUCCGGAAUGUUACAAAGUACCUCGACCGCCUGGGAGCGAAGCGCAUUGGAGAAGCUGGUGAGGGCGACGAUGGCGCCGGUACCAUGGAGGAGGACUUCCUAGCAUGGAAAGAGCCAAUGUGGACCGCUCUCGCAGAUGCGAUGAACUUGGAGGAGCGUGAAGCGAUCUACGAGCCGGUUUUCGAGGUCACCGAGAAGCCUGAAAUGAGUGCUGAAGACGACACUGUAUACCUUGGCGAGCCGAACAAGAACCACCUCGAGGGAGCGUCCAAGGGACCGUACAACGCACACAACCCUUACAUCGCACCUAUAACUGAGUCGACAGAGAUCUUCCAAGACAAAGAGCGGAACUGCUUGCACCUCGAAGUCGACAUUUCGGAGUCUAAUUUGUCCUACACUACUGGAGAUCACAUUGCCGUAUGGCCGACCAACUCAGGCAGAGAGGUCGACAGAUUUCUGAGGAUCAUCAACAUGCAAGAUAAGAAAGACACCGUCAUCACUGUAAAGGGCUUGGACGCAACGGCGAAGGUACCAUUCCCGUCGCCAACCACGUACGAGGCAGCUGUUCGGUACCACAUGGAGAUUGGCGCGCCUGUCUCCCGCCAGAUGGUUGACUCACUUGCGCAAUUCGCACCCAAUGAAGACAUCAAGAAUGAAAUGUCUAGGAUCGGCAAGGACAAGGACCUCUUCGCUGAGAAAGUCUCCAGCAAACGCUUCAACAUCGCGCAGUUCCUUGAGUCUUUUGGUCAGAAGUGGGACAAGAUUCCAUUCUCAUUCUUCAUCGAAGGCAUCCACAAGCUCCAGCCUCGCUACUACUCCAUCUCGUCAUCCUCGCUCGCGCAAAAGAAGAAGAUUGCCAUCACCGCUGUCGUCACUUCGGAAGCAAGCGAGGGCUCUGACCACGUCGUCAAGGGCGUCACCACGAACUACCUGCUCGCUCUCAAAGAGAAGCAGCACGGCGCCGCGAACCCUGACCCUCAUGGCCUGGAAUACGCCUUGACCGGCCCCCGCAACAAGUACGACGGCAUCCACGUCCCUGUCCAUGUCCGACACUCGAACUUCAAGCUCCCCUCAGACCCUGCUAAGCCCAUAAUCAUGGUCGGUCCUGGAUCCGGCGUCGCGCCCUUCCGCGGCUUCGUCCAGGAACGCGCCGAGCAGAAGAAGAAGGGCGAGAAUGUCGGCAAGACGAUCCUGUUCUUCGGCUGUAGGAAGGAGAAGGAGGAUUUCAUUUAUCGCGAGCAGUGGGAGCAAUGGGGCGAAGACCUCGGCGACUCCUUCGAGCUCAUCACCGCCUUCUCCCGCGACGGCGUUAAUAAAGUCUACGUGCAACACCGGCUCAAAGAGAAGGCCGAGGAAGUCAACAAGCUGCUCGAACAGAAGGCGUACUUUUACGUCUGCGGUGACGCGGCGAAUAUGGCGAGGGAUGUUAGUGAUGUGCUGUGUGGGAUCAUCUCGGAGAAGAGGGGGGUGAGCAAGCAGAAGGGGGAGGAGAUUGUCAAGGGGAUGCGGGCGGCGAAUCAGUAUCAGGAGGAUGUUUGGUCGUAG